AUGUUGCUUGUAGAUUUACUUGUCUCUGGAUACAGCUACUUCCAAGCGCUUUCCACAGCGCAGCAAGUAGCAUUUAUAAUUGUUGUUCCAUUUAUCUACAACUUAGUGUGGCAGUUGGUUUACUCGUUUAGAAAAGACCGUGUCCCCUUAGUCUUCUACUGGAUACCUUGGAUCGGGUCAGCUGUUCCGUUUGGUCUGCAACCAUAUGUGUUUUUUGAACAGUGCAGAGAAAAGUAUGGAGACGUUUUUGCGUUUGUGCUUAUGGGCAGUGUUAUGACUGUUUAUUUAGGUCCCAAGGGCCAUGAGUUUAUCUUGAAUGCCAAGUUGUCUGAGGUCUCUGCCGAGGAGGCGUAUAAGCAUUUGACGACGCCUGUGUUUGGCAAAGGUGUUAUCUAUGACUGUUCCAACGCGCGGUUGAUGGAGCAGAAAAAGUUUGCCAAGUUUGCCUUGACCACCGACUCGUUUAGAAAGUAUGUGCCUUUGAUUCGAGAGGAGAUCAUAAAGUACUUUACCAAUAACGAAGCAUUUAGUCUUGACAAGAGGAGUAGCGGAGUUGCCGAUGUGAUGAAGACACAACCUGAGAUCACGAUAUUCACAGCCUCGCGCUCGUUGAUGGGUAAGGAGAUGAGAGAUAGGUUUGAUGAGCUGUUUGCACAAUUGUACUCCGACUUGGAUAAAGGGUUUACCCCUGUGAACUUUGUAUUUCCUCACUUGCCAUUGCCCCAUUACUGGAGAAGAGAUGUUGCACAAAAGAAGAUCUCUUCCACCUAUAUGAAGGAGAUUACAAAGAGAAGAGAAACCGGUACUGUUGAUGAGCACCAAGACUUGAUCAGCUCAUUGAUGACCAAGUCGACGUAUAAGGACGGAGUGCAAAUGUCCGACCAGGAGAUUGCUAAUUUGUUGAUUGGGGUAUUGAUGGGAGGACAGCACACAAGUGCGUCCACCUCUGCGUGGUUCUUGUUGCAUCUUGGGGAGAAGCCAGAGUUGCAAGAGGAACUCUAUCAAGAGAUCCAAGAAGCCCUUUUAGCAAAGGGGGGCAAUCUCAGCGACUUGACGUACGAGGACUUGCAGAAGAUGCCGCUUGUGAAUAACACCAUCAAGGAAACCUUGAGAAUGCACAUGCCAUUGCACUCGAUCUUUAGAAAAGUCAUGUCUCCCAUGGUGGUGCCCGGAACAAAGUAUGUUGUUCCCAAGGGACACCAUGUAUUGGUGUCUCCAGGGUAUGCGCAUACCAGUGAGAGGUACUACAAGAACGCAUCGACAUUCGACCCACACAGAUGGGACGAGGCCAACAUGCCUUCUAAGGAUGCAGACGAGGUUGAUUAUGGGUUCGGUAAAGUGUCUAAAGGUGUAGGCUCUUCGUACUUGCCAUUUGGUGGGGGCAGACACAGAUGUAUUGGAGAGCAGUUUGCAUAUGUGCAAUUAGGAACCCUCUUGACCACUUUUGUAUACCACAUGAAGUGGAAGUUGAAGGGCGACCAUGUGCCGGCCGUAGAUUACACGAAGGUGGACGUUGACGAGGGGAGCAAAACAUCGGGGGAUGUAUCGGGGGAUGCAUCUGUGUACGGAGCGCAGCUCUCCUACACCGGAGAUCUUGCCGAGAAGGUGCCUUUAGAGUGCGACAAGAACUUGAUUACCAAGACGGCAAUGUAUGUUCUUGAGAGACAUGGGGUGAGCAGGUUCCCCACGGGUACUCGAGUGAAAGUCCACAACCCGAUCCCAUUGGGACGAGGAUUAGGAUCAAGUGCCAGUGCUAUUGUUGCCGGGGUGUACUUGGGCAAUGUGAUUGGGAAGCUAGGAUUGAGCAAGAGGAGGAUGUUGGACUAUUGUUUGAUGAUCGAGAAGCAUCCUGAUAAUGUAGCAGCAGCAAUGCUUGGCGGGUUUGUUGGAUCAUAUAUAAGGGAAGAAGAAGAGAGUGAAGGCAUUCCCUCGAAUGUGGAGUAUUUCCAGUACAACUGGAACAAGAAGAUCAAGUGUAUAGUGAUAGUUCCCAGCUUUGAGGUGAGUACAGACAAGUCGCGAGCAGUGUUGCCCAUGUCCUAUUCAAGGGAAGAUGUGGUUUUCAACAUGCAGAGAAUAGCUAUUCUCACCUCUGCAUUGGCACAGGACCCGCCCAACCACUCUAUGAUAUACGAGGCAAUGAAGGAUAAGCUCCACCAGCCAUAUAGAACGGUGUUGAUACCUGGGUUGGAUAGAGUUUUGAAAGAGGUUGUUCCUGAAAGGUUUGAGGGGCUUUGUGGGAUCUGUUUAAGUGGUGCGGGGCCAACGAUCUUGUGUUUGGCAACAGACAAGUAUGAGGAUAUUGCACAAAUGAAUGAUUCGGACUCGUUUAGCGACUCCUUCUAUGGGAAGCUAUUGAGUCCUGUAUUGAGCAAUGCCGAUUGCACAUUAGCGCAGAUGUGCCAGAGGAUCCACGAGUCUGCACAAAAGCUACGCAGUACAGGUAUAUUUGAGACCAUCAAGGUCCGGGUAGAGCCGGACAUAUCCACUUCCGUACCCUCAGUGCCUCAUGGUUUUGAGUGCAUUCCUGCUAAAGUGAUAUUUGAUGUGGCCACCAAACCGGUGAAGAACAACUACAUAUAUCUCAGAUGUGAUCAAGAGUAUCUCAAUGUGCAAGUGGGCCACGAAGCUUUCAAAGAGAAUGGGGAAGAGGUAUCAUUAGGGGUAGACUAUAACCCAUACAAGCCGUAUGACCGUUUAUUGACACGGGUCAAGUUUGGCACGUGCUUAAAGGACCCUAGGGUCAAGAUGGUGAUGGAUAUGGCGUACAGUAAUGAUAUGCAGUGCAAGAAUCAAGCAGGGGCCACAAUUGGAUUACUUAGGAAAGGAAUGUUGGAAGCGUUUGUUGGGAUGUCGAUAUACCAGAGACGCUCUAGAUCUCUCAAGUCUAGUAUAGUGAGCAAAUUGCACUGGCACAAUGUAAAGUAUCAUGGCGACACCUUUGCAGUGGAUGGGGAUACCUUUGCAGUGGAUGGGGACACCUUUGCAGUGGAUGGGGACACCUUUGCAGUGGAUGGUGUUGACGCUGUGGUGGAGUGUGAAUGUGCAUCUAUCAAAGAGAGCAAAGUGUACGAGUUUUUCAAGCUGAGAGUUUGUAUUGAUGUGUAUAAGACGGUUUUGGAUACCACCGUGCAUGUUCACGGCGAAGCUGCCGGGAAGUUCCCAGAGGAAACCUUUAAAAGAGAUGGUAUUGACUACAAGAUUCUGGGUACCGUGUUUUCGAAAAUGCCGUAUUUCGGAGUUGCCAAAAAGGAGGUGCACCCACUCCGGCUUUACGGGACGACUUUAAUAGACAGUAGCAAUGGCCUUGGGCGCAAAAAUAUAAACAUAAACACCCACCUCUUCUCUUUAAAAUCAAUGGGCAUUCAAGGGUUGUUGCCCCUUUUAAAGAGCAUUUCAGAGCCAUGCACUCUUGAGAAGUUCCGUGGCCAGACAUUGGCCGUGGAUGCGUACGGGUGGAUGCACCGGUCCCUCGUGUCGUGUGCCGAGGAGCUCUAUAAGGGUAUACCUACACGAAAGUAUAUCAACUAUAUUCGAAAACGAGUCGAGAUGCUUCAACAUUUCGGGAUAACCCCGUACAUGGUAUUUGACGGAGCAAGCUUAGCCACCAAAGCUGCCACAAACGAGUACCGGUUAAGGAUGCGACAAGAAGCCAAGUUCAAGGUUGAAAGGUAUUUGAGAGAAGGGAAAAAGCAUUUAGCAUCCAAAGAGUAUGUCAAAGCCACAAGCGUCAGUUUUCAAAUGGUGAAGCUGGUAAUGGAAGAGAUGGAUGAGAUGAAUGUGAAGUAUAUAGUUGCGCCGUAUGAGGCGGAUCCACAAAUGGUGUAUUUGGAAAAGACUGGUGUUGUUGACGGGAUCAUUAGCGAGGACUCCGAUUUGCUUGUGUUUGGGUGUAAGAGAUUGAUCACAAAGUUGAAGGACGAUUCUAGUUGUGUAGUUGUGAACAAGAAUGAUUUCCACAAGGUCAAGGGGAUGCCGUGUUUAGGACGGUUUUCGGAGCACCAGUUGCGGCUUGCCGCGAUGAUGUCCGGGUGUGAUUAUACCAAGGGGAUUCCCGGGAUAGGCUUGAAGACGGCUAUUCUGUAUGUGACGCGGUAUACGAGCAUGCGCAAAAUCGCCAUAGCCAUGCGGUGCACCGGGCGAAAGAUCCCUGAGAACUUUGAAGAUGAGUUGGAAAAGGCCAAUCUUGCAUUUCAGUUUCAAAAAGUGUUUGAUCCAAGAAGAGAGAUCAUGACCACGCUUAAUGAGAUACCGAAAGAUUUAGUGGUGGAUAUAGAGGUUUUGGAAACGUGCUGUGGAAGAACAAUCCAGGACCCGGAUAUGGUGAGAAAGAUGUGCAAUGGCAAGAUCAAUCCGAAUGAGACAAAGAGGAAACGGUCAUUAUCGGAACUGGAUAUCGAGACGCCAAAGAGGCCGCGGCUUGUAAACUCGGCAACAGAAGUAUCGCCAGCGACAAAGAAGUUGCAGAAACUCUAUACGCAUCUUGAUAUGACAUUGUUAAAGUCAAGCAGGUACUUUAUCAUCCCGCCGUCUGUGGAUUAUCCGAAAGUGCGCACCGAGAGCAAGUAUGAUGUAUGGGACUCGAGUUUGAUUGAGGACUCGGAGGUACCCGAGACGUCCCCGGUGAAGGGGGGGGAGGAGAAAAAGAAGGACAACCAAGGGGUGAUCCUUGAUGGAGAGACCCUUGAUGGAGAGACCCUUGAUGGAUUUGAUGUUUCCAAGACAGAUGACGAGAUAGAGGAGUCGCCGGUGAAGAGGGAGAUGAAGCGAGCAAAGCGAGCUAGUGGAGCAGACUCACUGUCAUCAAAAUUAAAAGCACCUAGCUUAAUACAACACUAUAGAGCAGAGCGAGACACUAGCUCGCUUUGCUCGCUAGUGGAGCAGACUCACUGUCAUCAAAAGUAA